AUGAUAAGGACUGACCAUGGAGGACAGCAGAGUCUGAGAGAGCCGACAGCGUCAUCAUCAUCCUCUCCCCAAAAAAUGGAGUCUCCACCAGCCCCAACAGCCCAACGAGGGGAGUCUCACCGAGUCACGGCAGGAGACACCCAACCCUCACCCCCCCAGACUCCACCCAGCCCCCAAUCCUCACCCCCCCCAGACCCCACCCAGCUUCCAACUCUCUCCAUGCAGCCAGGACUCCCCACUUCUGGAUUUCACAGACAGGAUGAAGAGCCUUACUUUGAAAACUGCAGUAAUAAAACCUCUCCUAAAAAAACUGUCUCAGGACAGUUCUCAGACAGGUUUGGAAGGAAGCCAAUUCUCUUCGCCACCAUGGCAAUUCAAACUAUUUUUACCUUUGCCCAAAUCUUCUCACCUUCUUGGACGGUGUUCUCCAUCCUCUUCUUCUUCAGUGGUUUGGGACAGAUCUCCAACUAUGUCUCUGGUUUUGUGUUGGGCACUGAGAUCUUGACUGGUAAUGUUCGGGUCCUGUUCUCAACACUGGGCAUAUGUUUGGGCUUUGCCAUUGGCUACAUGAUGCUGCCUCUCUUUGGUUACUUUUUAAGGGACUGGAAGUCUCUCCUGCUGGGUACCUCUCUGCCUGCCCUGCUCUACAUCCCCCUCUGGUGGUUCAUCCCAGAGUCUCCUCGGUGGUUGCUCUCUCAGGGAAGAGUGGAGGAGGCUGAAGCCAUCAUAAGAAAGGCCGCUAAGAAGAACAAAGUUGAGGCUCCACAAGUCAUCUUUGAAGAUUACAGUGUAGAUGCUGUUGAUACAAAGACACCUGCAAAGGAGCAACCCAAUGUCUUCAACCUGCUGAGGACUAAAAACAUCAGAAGCAUGACUGCCAUUCUGUGCCUGGUGUGGUUCACUAUGAGUAUUGGAUACUAUGGCCUGUCCCUGAACUCAUCCCAACUUCAUGCUAACCCCUAUCUCAGCUGCUUCCUCUCAGCAGCUGUAGAAGUACCAGCAUACAUUUCUAGCUGGCUGGCACUGCGAUACCUUCCACGACGACUGUCUGUCAUAUUUGUCUUGCUGCUUGCAGGAAUGUCGCUGUACCUGAUUCAGCUGGUGCCUCAAAGUUUAUCAGGUGUGGCUGUUGCCCUGGAGAUGCUGGGUAAAUUUGGUAUCUGUGCCGGUUUCAGCUUGCUGUAUGGCUACACAGCAGAGCUUUAUCCAACAGUCCUCAGGAACACAGCGACGGGGACAUGCUCUGCAUUUUCCAGAGUGGGCAGCUGUAUUGCACCUUUUUUGCUACAGCUGAGGAUGUACUUUAAGUUCCUGCCAUAUAUAAUACUAGGGACUCUGGCUGUUGUGUGUGCCUUGGCUACUCUCUUCUUGCCAGAGAGUUUUGGACGACCUCUACCCCAAACAAUUCAACAGAUGCAGAAGAGAGAAAGCAGCAUGAAGCACCUCUUCAUCAAAAGAAAGGAAUACUCAAAACCUGUGGUGCUUUUCGAAAGUCGACUUUGAUUCUCUAAAACAUUGAUUAUUUAAUUAUUAAUAAGCAUUGUAAAAAAUCACUUAUCAUGCCAACUGUUAACUCAUCUUACUAUUCAAAAUUUCCAUCACAAAAUUAAAAUCCGACAAAUUGAUAUGACAACAUAACCAAGAAAUCAAAUUUAAAUACUUGAAACUUGACUUAAGCGUGUACUUGAAAAUAUGUUUAUUUUGGAGUAAAUUAAGUGGGAUUUUUUAUUUUUAAGGUAAACAUGAUAUUGUUUGAAUA